AUGGAGUUCGUCUCGCAGCAGUUCAACUCGACCGUGGGGUCGAUUUUGAACCCGACCACGACGCACUUGGCAGCCGAUUUGUACAAGAACACUGACUUUGCUUCGCUCAACGUGUUGGAGAGGGCAUGGGCCAACUGGUACCUCUACUGGGGCAACCCGGUGCUCGCGACGGGUAUCAUGUCGUUUGUGCUGCACGAGCUCGUGUACUUUGGACGAGCCAUUCCUUGGAUCAUCAUCGACUCGAUGCCUAGCAUGCGCAAGUACAAGCUGCAGGACGAAAAGAUCCCCACGCCUGAGCAGCAGUGGAAGUGCACCAAGUACGUGCUGCUCUCGCACUUUACGGUCGAGUUGCCACAGAUCUGGUCGUUUCACCCGAUUUGCGAGUACUUUGGUCUCGCCACGCACGACGUUCCUUUCCCUCACUGGACCAAGAUCGCCUGGCAGAUUGGCGUGUUUUUCCUGUUUGAAGACGCGUUUCACUACUGGGCUCAUCGCGCUCUCCACUGGGGUCCUCUGUACAAGCACAUCCACAAGAAGCACCACGAAUACUCGGCGCCGUUCGGACUUGCGGCUGAAUACGCACAUCCUCUGGAAGUGCUGAUUCUGGGCAUGGGUACGAUUGGAGGACCGUUUGCGCUUUGCGCGUUCACCAAGGACCUUCACAUUUUGACCGUCUACAUCUGGAUUGUGCUGCGUCUGUUCCAAGCUAUUGACGCUCACUCUGGUUACGACUUUCCGAUUUCUUUGCACAACUGGGUCCCGUUCUGGGCGGGUGCGGACCACCACGACUACCACCACCAGGCGUUUGUAGGCUGCUACUCGACGUCGUUCCGAUGGUGGGACCACAUGCUGGGUACCGACCUGUCGUACAAGCGUGCGCGUGCUCGUCAGGCCGAGAAGAAGCGAGAGGCCUUGCAAGCUGCGAAGGCGAAAGCGCAGUAA